UCGGUUGUUGGCUGGCUUUGGCAGAGAGCUUCUUCUUUCUUCACCUUCCCAUCGGAGCUCUAUUUCUGUACUGUACCGUACAAUUCCUCUGAUGAGAGAUUGUGACUUUUCUUUGCUUCCUCUUUCUCUUUCUUCCUUGCCAUUUGACUUUCAUGUGGUUGUGUAUUUGUCGUACAAUUUUUGCACAGGCUAUUUUCUCCUUGUGGCUGCUCCUGAACCGGUGAAGCGGUCAUUUGCUAAUGCAGUCGUUGGGCUCCUAGCCCCGUUGAUAUUACCAUUUUAACACUUCGCUUCUCUUUUUUACGGUUGCCCUUUUAUUGAAUUUUUUUGUUUUGCUAUUUUCUGGAGGUUGUAUUGGUAAUGUGGUGUUGGAGAAGGUGGGCGAAGUGACUUUGUGCUCAGCAGCCGUACAUUUCGCCCACUGUUUCUUUCUGUUCUAUCCCGAGGAUCAGGUACAGAUUUUGAAAAUUUCCUCCACCACCCUCAUGGGAUUUUCUAAGUUCUGUUUUCUCUUUUGAAGGUCGUCUCUAUAUGGAUUAGAGGCUUUAGAGGCAAGGCUAGCUGAGAUGUGUAUUUGAGGGGGCAACGACAAUAGAAACUAAAGGAGUUUACUUUUUUGGGUCAAGGUGAAGACCCUCUUGAUCUCAAGAAAUGUUUUAUUGAUCGUAAUAAUCAUCAAGCCAGAGAAGACUCUGCUAUUAGGCAAAGGUGAGUUGGUGGCUGAAAGAUUUGGGAUUGGUGUUACAGCUGAAGCUCAGAGCAUUUUUUAUGCUCUGUCCAAAACGCUUCCAGUGCACUGGGACAAGACUACUAUAAUUGUGAUGAAUGAAGUGUGCGGUAGUAGCCCAUAUCUUCCUGAAUCCGUCCUUGGAGGAACUCCAACUGCUAAUGAGCGAGUGCAGAAAGUGCUUGAGUUUGAGAGGAAGAGAUUACAAACUCACUAUGCUGGUCAAUGACUAUGUUACUCUGUCAUGCAUUGAGGGUGAAUUGGUGCCAUCGUGUUCGGAUUACUAAGGGAAUGGCUUCUCAACUCUCUGAGCAUCAAGUUCUUUUUGGAUUGUUACCAAGUUUUGAUGGAGAAGUUUCCCUCAUGAAGUUGCGAGGCAUGCUCAAGGAAUCCAUAAUGUGGAAGGGGAUAAGAACUAUAAAGCAUAUAUGUCUCGAGAAUAUUUCGACGCACACCUUACUCCACUUGGCUGGCAACAGGUUGAUAAUUUGUGCAAGCAUGUACAUACAAGUGGGCUUUUGAACAGGAUUGAAUUAGUUGUCACAUCUCCAUUGCUAAGGACUAUGCAAACUAUUGUUGGGGUAUUUGGUGGUGAUGGCAUACAGACAGGACGGAUAUCCUGCCACUCAUGUUGGCAAAUGCAGGAAAUAGUCGGCAUGCUGCAAUUUCAAGUGUUAAUUGUCCUCCUAUCGUUGCAUUAGAACUUUGUCAAGAGCAUAUGAAAAAGUUACCACCAUCUCCACCAAAGCUCCCAAUUAUUGGCAAUCUUCACCAGCUUGGCCAGUUUCCACAUCGCUCCCUCCAAUCACUUUCAAGAAAAUAUGGUCCACUCAUGCUGCUUGAACUGGGAAGCAAGCCAAUGCUGGUUGUCUCUUCCUCUAAUGCAGCUUGCCAGAUCUUGAAAACCCAUGAUUUAUCCUUUGCAAGCAGGCCUAAAUCGGGCAUCCCAGAUAAACUCUUUUACGGAAGCAACAGCUUUUGCACCAUAUGGGUUGCCUUGGGGAGGAAGUAUAGCGAGGAAGAAAAUGGGCGGAAAAGUAUAGAGAAUUUGAAGGUGUUUGGUGAGUUACUGGGUAUUUUUGAUGUAGGAAACUAUAUUCCUUCGCUUGCAUGGGUUAAUCGCUUCAAUGGUUUGGAUUCUAAAGUGAAGAAAACAGUUAAACAGAUUGACGGAUUUCUUGAGGGUGUGAUAGAAGAGCACAUGAAUAAGAGGAAAGGAAAGGCUGAAAGUCACUCUACUAGUGAGGCAAGAUGCCAAGACUUUGUAGAUAUCUUGAUUGAGAUUAAUGAGGAAAAGACUAUGGGCUUUGCUCUUGAACGAGAUGCUAUGAAAGCUAUCAUCCUGGAUGUCUUUGGUGCUGGAUCUGAUACAACACAUUCAGUUAUGGAUUGGGGAAUGUCAGAACUUCUAAAGAACCCCAAAGUCUUGCAUAAAUUGCAGGCUGAGGUAAGAGAUGUGACUCAAGGAAAACCAGAAAUAACUCGAGCUGAUAUGGAGAAAAUGCAGUACUUAAAAGCAGUGAUUAAAGAAACUAUGCGACUUCAUACUCCAGUUCCAUUACUGGGUCCUAAAGAAUCGAAUCAAGACGUCAAAGUAAUGGGGUAUGACGUACCAAAGAACACGCAGGUACUUGUGAAUGCUUGGGCAAUUGCAAGAGAUCCGUUGUUGUGGGAGAACCCGGAGGAAUUUCGACCUGAGAGGUUUUUGAGUUCGGGUGUAGAUUUUCAUGGUUUGAACUUUGAGUUAAUUCCGUUUGGUGCUGGACGAAGAGUUUGCCCGGGUAUCAACUUCGCCAUGUCAGUAACUGAACUUGCAUUGGCAAAACUGGUCAACACAUUUAACUUUACAUCACCUGAUGGAAUCAAUCCAAACGAGUUGGACAUGACCGAAUCAUUUGGUAUCACAGUCCACAGAAAAUUUCCUCUGCAUGCCAUUGCCACACCAUAUCUUUGAUUAUGAUGUAACUAUAGUGAUGGGUUAUUGUAUACUAUGCCCUGAGGAUACCGAAUAAGGGGUGGGUUUGGCGUUAUCUUGUUUGCAAGAUGUAACUAUAGUUAAUAAUGCUAGUUAAGUUAUAUACAAUUUACUGACAAUCUUGGAAUUGCGUA